CCACUGAAUACAUACUAUGACGUCGAGAAUCCCCCACCCCAAGCUUAGUGUAUAUUCCCGCCAUGGCUAUGGCAGAGUGUUUGAAAACGAUAACGAUAUUGUAAUAUAUUCGCACGAGUUAACUUUUCACCAAGUAUGACUAAUAUCGGGCAACUGGAAAAUUUGUCCGAUUUACUGCCGACUUAUUACGCGAGGUUAUUUCCUUUUCAAGAUUACUACCGUUGGCUCAGUUAUGGAAACGUGAGCAUAUUCACCCGUAGAGAGUUUUCAUUUACUCUGCAAGAUGAUGUCUAUCUUCGAUUUCAAUCUUUUAAGAGUGUAAAAGAAUUGGAACAAGAAAUUAGGAGGCUGCUACCCUUUAAAAUAGAUAUUGGUGCAGUUUACAACGUUUGUCCUAAAGAUCAGCGAAACAGCUUUGAAUUUGAACCUGUCGAGAGAGAACUGGUAUUUGAUAUCGAUAUGACUGAUUAUGAUGAAGUUAGAACAUGUUGUACCGGAGCAGAUGUCUGCUCUAAAUGUUGGAAGUUUAUGUCAGUUGCCUGCAAAAUUUUAGACAGUGCUUUAAGACUUGAUUUUGGGUUCAAACAUAUUUUGUGGGUAUUUUCUGGCAGAAGAGGUAUACAUUGUUGGGUGUGUGAUCCUAGUGCACGCACUUUAACUACAUUCGAGCGUGGUGCAGUGGCAGAAUAUUUACAGAUCUUAGAUGGUGGAGAAUACAUGAAAAAAAAAGUGACUUUGCAUGGUGAUAAAAUACAUCAUUCUAUUAAACGUGCCCUUAAGAUAAUAGAAGCUGUUUUCAUUCCAUUUUGCAUAGAAGAGCAGAAUAUAUUAGGAACUGAUGAAGGAGUAGCAAAAUUUCUGGAGAUACUACCUGAUGAUGAAGAUAGACAAGAAUUGUUGACACAGUUUAAUCAAUGUAAAUCUACCAUAGACAAAUGGAACCAGUUUGUUAAAUACGUUAAGCAUAAAAAUACAAUGGGGGAUAAAAAGUUCAAGUGGUAUUACCGUCACUUAAUAGAGGAAGUAAUGAUUCAAUACACAUAUCCCAGAUUGGACAUAAACGUUAGUAAAGGAAUGAACCAUCUUUUGAAGUCCCCUUUUUGUGUUCAUCCAAAAACUGGCAGAGUUUGCAUUCCAUUCACAGCGAACACAGUGGAUAAAUUUCAACCAGAUAAAGCACCAACAAUUACUACGCUGAUUGAAGAAGUCAACGAGUUCGACGUCAAGGAUAAGGCAGAACAGCAAACAUACGAUUUAAAUGCGAAGAAAAUAAAAGACUACAAAAAGACUAGUCUAAAUAAAUCACUUCGUCUUUUUCACGAAUUUUUGUGGAAUUUAGAGAACGAGCGAAAAGGCCACAAUAUUAAAGAAAGCGAUGAAAAAAUGGAGUUUUAAUGUAGAUAAAUAAAUUUUUGUAAUAAGUAAAUUAUGUAUUCAAUUAUAAUUGAACUAUCGUUUU